UUCCAUGAUCGCGCGUUGCCUGUACUAAAAUGCCUUCAGGAGAGGAGGAAGUAUAUCGAUAUUUAAUACACGAACAAUAGUCUGUUUUCAUUUUCUGGUGUUCCUUGCGACGAGUGAUCUUCGUGAACGUGAGGCUUUUCUUCUGUGUGCAACUGACCCAUUAUAUAUUUCAUCUUUUUAUUUUGGCUUCUGUCUCUGAGCAGCACAAGUAUUAACGAGGAGAGAGCACACGCUGUCGCUGGCUAUGUAUUGCCACAAAGAAUUCACUUUUUGUUUUUGACUGGGUUAUUUACUUAUUACUAGUACGUACCGCUACGGACGACCAAGAAAGCAAUUUCUAGAAGUGUUUCUUCCCUUGUCAACCCUCACCAGUAGGUGUACUAAUCCAUUGUGAAAAUUCGAAAAAUCCGUGUCCGUCCCCCACCAAAAUUUUCCCUCGAAGAGUGUUUUUUCUAAGUUCAAAAACACAAGGUCGUUCACUGUCCAAGGUCGUUCACUGUCUGAAGUACUAGCGUUUUUAGCCCCGCUCACACUGUGAGAAAUUUUUAUUCAUAUUUACUGAAGAGUCGUUGUGGUCUAUAGCUAAUAGCACUUUAAGGUAGGAGGAGCUUCAUCCAUAUCCGUUCUUCGCGGCAAACUUUUACGUAGUAAAUAGUUUUUAUCGAGAACGAUAACGAAGUCAAAUAAUGCCGCCAGCAAUGAAACGUGCAUCAACGUCGUCAGCCGCGUCGGCGGCGAAGAAGCGUGUGAAGACAGUCUCAGUCGCUGCACCUGCAGCUUCGAAGAAGACGGGCACCUCCAAGAAAAACAAGGACGUUGAUUACAGAGUGACGCAAAUCGAACGUGUACUCGCAAAGAGCGACAAUGCCUUGGUUUCAGGUAUGCUCCAGGGCAUCUGCAUCGAUGCUUUCCUUCGAACUGACGGCGGAGAUCACGGAGCUGCUGUGGAACGAGAGUCUUCUAAUAUUGCGGCUAACGCACCAGCUGCGUCGUCAUCUUCAUCUUAUAGGGGUGGAGGCCAACAACACCUGAGUUUGGAGGAGGAAGCGAUCGAAUUGAUUCGAGCGGCCGUGCUAGAAAUGCGGGGUUCUGCAGCCACCGCCAAACUCGACGCUGGAAAGGAGCGCGAUGCAGCAGGAACCGAGAAGGAUGAUGUUAGACACAAAAUCGAAACCCUGGGAGUCCAGAUAGAUGCCAAAAAAGCCGACCUGAAAGCAGCGACACAUUGGGAAGCAACCAAAAAAGAAGAAUGGAAGGCUGCAAAGUAAAAAAUUGAACUUUUUUUACUUUUUUUGCUUUGUAGUACCUAGACUUCCUACCUAGUCGUGCUAGCUAGUAUGGGACGAGACCAUGAAGAUUAGAUGAACAUCAGGAACUUGAAGAACAAAGUGUCUUGUAUUAACAUGAAAAAAGUGUUGUUCCUCCUAAUAUCACUUCUAGAUAUUGCGCGCAUGAUAUAUUGAUCAACAUGGUCGUUGUUAUUUCGAAAAUAAGUAGACCUCGUGCAACAGGCUAUUGAAGAUAUCAGUGAAUUGGGUUAUCUUUAUAUAUGCCAGUACAUGUACAUAUGGAUGCGCUCGAACCACAGGGGAGGGGUGGGGCCUCCCUCCCUGGUACAUAUAUAAUUCUGGUCUUUGAAUUAUUUGCGACGUCGAGUUCGAGUAUAAUUUUUCACAACUCUUUGUCUUUCCUCUCAGAAACGAGCUCGCAAAGGCGGAAAAGAACAAGAAACAGCUCGAUCAAAAAACAGAAUCUGCGAGAAAGGCUCUCCAAACUGCUGAGGGCGCUUUUGCAGGCAUGAUCACCCUACGCGACGAAGAUGGCAACGAUUUACAAGGUGGAGCAGGAACAGUAGAUGGCGUAAAGAAUAAAGCGCCGUCCUCUUCAAGUUCUAGUAACAAAGCUAGUUGUAUCAUGAAAGCCGGUCGUAGUGCUGGCGGUAAGAGUAGCAAAAAAGGAGCGCGAGAGGAGGUCGUCGCAAUGGAGCAGCUGCUAAAGGGGAUGAAGUUGGAUGAAAGCCUUUGCAAUGCGGCACCAAAGGCGUAUUUGAAGGCAAAAGCCGACCGAGGACGUUUUGACCAGAUGGCUAUAGACAGCGUGGAGCAGCACUUUUCCACCCAUCGCGCCUCGCUCACCAAGACACUCGUGGACCUGCAGCAACCGGUGGCGGCGGCGGCAGCCGAGCUAGCGGAGAAGACGCGACUAGUGGAGUCCUGCGAGAAGACGGCAGCAGACGCAAAGACAACAGUACAACAAUUGACAGCGGAUAUCGACAGCAUGGACGACAUUUUGCGCGAUCUCAAAAACAGGGAUGAGGUACUCGUCUACUAAUCAUGUCUAUUCAUCAACGUGAAAAUAGUCUAUGUAUAAUUUGUAUGAAAAUAUUUUGGCAGCUACUUAUUUCAUUUAUCUUGUAAUAUAUUUGUUUCCAGGUAGACCACGCAGAGUCGUCUUCUUGUUGCAUCAUGGAUAUCUAUGACUAUGCUACUUGAAAAAGCCUCAUAUUCUUGUUUCAUUUUCAUCAGGCAAACAAGAAGAUUUUUACUGCAGUGGAGAAGAAUUUCAACGAUGCAGCGCUGAAUCUCCAAGAGACAGAAGAGGCGCUUGCUUUCAUCGAAGAACUCAGUGGAGGAGGUGCAGGAGAGUCGAGCUUUUAGGAUUAUGAUAUCCACCUGGUACCUGCUGAAAAUCUUUGCGCAAAAUAUUACACACGUGUUUGUGAACAAUGAUCAUGAUCUGAUUAUGAAGGUCUCGAAAGUAGAAAUGUAAGCAUGAAGAUUGUUGAACAUGUACAUCAUGUGAUGUUGUUUUACAGUACUAGACGCGAAUAGAUGAGACGAGAGUGGUGGAGCAU